UGAAUCGGGUUUUUCCAUGGCCCGGGUUUUCGAGAGUUGAAAUUUGCUUGGAUUUUCAUUUAAUAUUCUCAGGAAAUUUUGAUUCUCUGAGGAAACGAAAGGAGCUCACGGAUUUUUUUCAUCUCUUUGUUUGGCUAAUUGCGUUAGGUUUUUCUUUUUCCUUUUGAAAUGAAGUCUUCGUGGGGUAAACUAAGAAGAUUUGCGCAUCACAAGAACGAUGACAAGGAUAAAUUAGAUUUUUUAUCCUCAGCUCAUUUGGACGAACUCGCCCAGGCGGCUCAGGAUAUGCAAGAGAUGAGAAAUUGCUAUGAUAGCUUACUUUUGGCAGCUGCAGCAACAGCUAACAGUGCAUAUGAAUUCUCAGAGUCACUACAAGAAAUGGGCUCCUGUCUGCAAGGAAAAAGGCUUCUACCCGAUGAUGAAGAAGGCCGGAGGAUUCUGUUAAUGUUGGGCAACUUGCAGUUUGAACUCCGAAAACUUGUGGAUAACUAUCGCUCACAUAUAUUGCUGACAAUUACAAAUCCAUCUGAGUCACUUCUCAAUGAGCUUAGGACAGUUGAGGAUAUGAAGAGGCAGUGUGACGAAAAAAGAAAUGUCUAUGAAUAUUUGGUGGCGCAACAAAAAGAAAAAGGAAGGUCUAAAGGUGGAAAAGGUGAAACUUUCACUUUGCAGCAGUUACAAACAGCUCGUGAUGAAUACGAUGAAGUGGCUACCCUUUGUGUUUUCCGAUUGAAAUCUUUGAAGCAAGGUCAAUCCAGAAGUCUUGUAACACAAGCUGCUCGUCACCAUGCAGCUCAGUUGAAUUUCUUUAGGAAAGGACUUAAAACACUUGAGGCAAUUGAGCCUCAUCUUAGGCAAGUUACAGAACAACAACACAUUGAUUACCAGUUCUGCGGCCUUGAAGAUGAUGAGGAAGAAGGUGUGAUUGCCUAUGACCCAAACAAAGAGGGGGAAUUAAGUUUUGACUAUAGAGAAAAUGAGAAGGGGGUUUGUGUUACAUCUGCAUCAAGGAAUUCAAUGGAGGUAGAUGAAGUAAGUUCUUCAUUUCCCCAAACUUCGAAGAUGGAAAAUGCAGAGGUAAACCCAGAGAAAAGCCAUGGGGAUAUUCAGGUCCCAAGUAGGGAGCAUAGAGUGGGUAGCCAUUCAGCCCCCAUAUUUCCAGAAAGGAAGAUUGAUCCCGCUGAAAGAGUAAAACAGAUGCUGCAGUCAUCUACAAGGAGGUCUAACGCAUAUGUCCUUCCAACACCAAAUGAUUCAUCAUUUGCAGCUUCUUCAAGAACAAUUAGCUCCGUUUCCCGCUCGAGACCAACAAAUGUUGUUGGACACCCACACAAUUUAUGGCAUUCUUCCCCGCUAGAGCAAAAGAACCAUGAGAAAGAUUCUGGUAAUGGUCAACCAUCAGAUUUUACCAUCUUGAAUUCUGAGUCAGUUCCCAAGAACAGCAAUAGUAAUAAUACCUCUACGCAACUACCCCCACCUUUGACUGAAGGACAAGAAUCUACCCAGCUGGACAUCUCCUCUGAAGCCAAAAAUAUAAAGAGAAAAUCUGUUUCUGGCCCGUUAACUAGUAAACAAUUGUUAACAAAGCCUGUUUUAUCGGGAAGCAGUUCUAUUCCAUCAGCCGAACUUCCCAAUUUAGCUUCUGCAGUAUUUUCUCAUGUAACGAUUCCUCGAUCAUUGUCACCACUCAAAGUAUCCCCAACUGCAUCACCCCCUCUUAUUUCUUCACCCAAACCAAAUGAGCUUCACGAGCUUCCGAGGCCUCCUGAUAGUUUAGCAGCCAAGUCAGCUAAACCUCCUGCCUUGGUUGGUCACUAUGCUUCACUAAUCUCAAGAAAUCAAGAACUUUCUGUGAAUCAUAUUCUUCCACUGGCAGCAAGUGGAUCAUCUCGUCUUCCAACUCCACCUUUGAUAGUACCUCGAAGUUUCUCUAUGCCUUCUCGCAAUCAAAGAGCUUCGGCGAAUCAUUUUUCCAGGCUUUUGGAGACUCCACAAGUUCCAGACAAGGAUGGAGAGGUUGCAUUGCCUUUGUUGAUGCCCAUUAAACCAAUACCCAGUGUUUCCGAAAUGGCAUCUCAUUCUGACCAAAUCAGAGGUGGGAGCUGAUUCAUUUGUGACUCGUCGAACCUUUAUCCAGAAAGUCGGAGUAGGUGAGGUGCUGUGUGUAAAUAUGAGGUUUAGCGAUGUGUUAGUAAGUGUGUGAUCCCAAAUCUUGAUUAGGCUGCCAUAUUUAUCGAGUAUUAAUGAUAAGAAGUUCCCACGAUUGCAGUGAUCGUUGUUGUUUAACACGUAUAUUGUCCGUUGUUCACAUAAGGAAAUUGUUUUUGUUGUUUGAUCUUUGAUGUAAGCUGUGCUGUGGAAGCACCCUAUGGGAAAAAAGGAUUUGGGAUUUGCCAGUUAAACGACCCAGAAAUA